GCCAGCGCCGGGCACCCCGCGGCACCGGCGCCAACCGGGAGGACGCGGCGCCGCGAUUAGCUUUGGAACUUGCGGGCUGGGGGUUAUUUCUCUUGCUGCUUCGCGCGCACACGCUCAAUCACUCACACUCACUCUUCCUGCUUCGUGCACACACACGCUUUUUCCUGCUGUUUCGUGCACACACACACACUCUCUUCCUGCUUCGUGCACACACAGACACACUCGCUCUUUCUUUCGCUGCUUCGUGCAUACACACACUCGCUGGUUUUUGCACACACACACGCUUGCAUUUUUACUUGCUGCUUCGUGCACACACACUUGCAACUUCGUGCACACACACAUACACUCGCUGCUUCGUCCACACACACACUCUCGCUGUUCCGUGCACAUACACUCGCUCUUCCUGCUUCGUCCACACACACUCUCUGGGUGCUCCGUGCACGCACACACACACCUCCACCCACCCCUCCCCGUCUUUUUUUUUUCCCACGCCUCGGCCGCUUCCCCCGCGCCUCCCGGGGCCGGCGGGGAGCGGAGCUGAGCGGGGAGCGGGCGGGGAGGGGAGGCGCGGCCGCCCCGCUGCGGGGGCGAUGCCCCCGCCCGCCUUGGCGCCUCCCCGUGCCGGCCCCGCCGCUUUCCCUUUGUGCCGCCGGGCCCGGCGCGACGCCUGCCCCGGGAGCCGGUGCCCCGCGGCGCCCCGAGGCGGGAGGUAAGGGCAGCCGCCGCCGCCGCCCCGUGCCCCGCAGCCAUGCGGACCCCGCCGCUGGGCUCCCUGCUCCUCCUCCUCGGCAUGGCCUUGGCCCAGCGGCAAGUGACAGUGCAGGAAGGGCCCCUCUACCGAACAGAGGGCUCCCACAUCACACUGUGGUGCAAGGUGAGCGGCUACCAGGGCCCAGCAGAGCAGAACUUCCAGUGGUCCAUCUACCUGCCUUCAGCUCCUGAGCGGGAGGUGCAGAUCGUCAGCACCGUCGACUCCUCCUUUCCUUACGCCAUCUACACCCAGCGUGUGCGCAGCCGGGGGAUCUACGUGGAACGGGUGCAGGGAGACGCCGUCCUGCUGCACAUCACCGAGCUGCAGGACCGAGAUGCUGGGGAGUAUGAGUGCCACACGCCCAACACCGAUGAGAGGUACUUUGGGAGCUACAGCGCCAAGAUGAACCUUGUGGUCAUCCCUGACUCGCUGCGCGUGACGGCAGUCCCACAGACGCUAAACAAAGUGGAGCACGACUCCCUGGAGCUAAAAUGUGAGGUGUCCAAGAGCACAGUCCAGCACAGCCACGUCUCCAUUGCCUGGUAUCGGCAGCGAGGAAGCGAGGUGCCCGUGGAGGUCAUCUCCCUCAGCCGUGACUUUGUCCUGCGGGCUGGCAAUGUCUAUGCCCAGCGGCAAGCCACGGGGGACGUUCGCUUGGAUAAAGUGGGAGAGACCACCUCAAAGCUCACCAUCUACAACCUUCACCCAUCAGAUCAGGGCGAGUUUUACUGCGAGGCGGCGGAGUGGAUCCAGGACCCAGACAAAUCUUGGUAUGCCAUGACCCGCAAGCGUUCCCAAGGUGCCAUUGUCAACGUGCAAGCCACCGAUAAAGAGUUCAGUGUCCGGCUGGAGACGGACAAGCGGACAUACAUCAUCGGUGAGCCGGUGGAGUUUCGGUGCAUCCUCGAGGCACAGAAUGUCCCAGACCGUUACUUCUCCAUCUCUUGGGCCUUCAACAGCUCCCUCAUUGCCAGUUUGGGGCCCAAUGCUGUACCGGUGCUCAACAAUGAGUUUGCCCAGCGUGAGGCCCUGGGCCAGCUCAAAGUAGCCAAAGAAAGUGACAACAUUUUUGUGCUGAAGAUCUACCGCCUCCGCCUUGAGGACAGUGGCAAAUACAACUGCCGGGUGACUGAACGGGAGAAGACCGUGACAGGGGACUUCAUUGAUAAGGAGAGCAAGCGGCCAAAGAACAUUCCCAUCACUGUCCUGCCACUUAAGGCUGGUUUUGCUGUCACAGCUAUCUCCCGCACCCCUGGGGUGACCUACAAUGAGUCCUUCGACCUCCAGUGCAUCAUCAAGCCCCACUACCCAUCAUGGGUGCCAGUGUCGGUGACAUGGCGUUUCCAGCCAGCAGGCAGCACUGAAUUUCACGACCUAGUCACCUUCACACGCGAUGGAGGGGUCCAGUGGGGUGACAGGUACAUGGGUUUCCGGACGCGCACCGCCAUUGAGAAGGCUGAGUCCAGCAACAAUGUGCGCCUGAGCAUCAGCAGGGCAAGCGACACGGAGGCUGGCAAGUACCAGUGUGUGGCUGAGCUCUGGAGGAAGAACUACAACAGCAGCUGGACACGGCUGGCAGACAGGACCUCCAAUCUCCUGGAAAUCAGAGUCCUGCGGCCAGUAACCAAACUGCAGGUCAGCAAGUCGAAGCGGAGCAUCACUCUGGUGGAGAACCGGCCCAUCCCCCUCAACUGCUCGGUGAAAUCCCAGACCAGCCCUGACUCGCACUUUGCUGUGCUGUGGUAUGUCCACAAGCCAUCCGAUGCUGAUGGCAAGCUCAUCCUGAAGACCACCCACAACUCAGCCUUCGAGUAUGGUACCUACGCAGAGGAGGAAGGGCUGCGGGGCCGGCUGCAAUUUGAGCGCUUGGCGUCGGGAGGGCUCUUCAGCCUGACGGUGCAGCGAGCGGAGGUCCGAGACAGCGGCAGCUACUACUGCCAUGUAGAGGAGUGGCUGCUCAGUCCCAAUCACGCCUGGUACAAGCUGGCAGAGGAGGUGUCAGGGCGGACGGAGGUCACUGUCAAACAGCCAGAUAACCGUCUGCAGGUGAACCAGACCCACAAGAACAUCACGGUGCUGGAGAACCAGUGGGUGACACUGGAGUGCCUGGUCAGCAGCCGGACCAGUCCCUCAUCCCAGCUCUCAGUGGAGUGGUAUGUCUGGCGGCCAGGCCACCCAGAGAAGGAGGCAGUGGCCCGGCUGAGCCGUCAGAGUACGCUGCGCUAUGGGGACCUGGUGGUGCAGGGUGACCUGCGGAGCCGGCUACACAUGGAGAGCCCAUCCCCAGGUCUCUACCUCCUCUCCAUCCAAAACGCUACUGUGCGGGACAGUGGUGUCUAUGACUGCCGUGUGGAGGAGUGGCUCCUCGACCCCAGUGACCGGUGGUACAAGCGAGCAGAGGACCUCUCUGGACUCAUCACCCUCGCUGUCAAGCAGCCAGAUCCCACCUUGCAGGUGGACACAGCCACUGCCAACCUGACAGUGCAGGAAAAGGAGUCCUUCCCGCUGGACUGCAGCAUCUUGUCCCGCUCCAGCCCAGAGUCCCACUUUGCGGUGACGUGGUACAACCUGCGGGCCAAAGAGGUUGGUGGCCACACAGAGGACAAUGAAGAGGAGGAGGAGGAGAAGGAGGCAGUGCUGAGCGUUGGCCCUGAUGCCGUUUUCAGCCCCGAGGCCAGUCGCUGGGAAGGCCGCCUGCGCUUCCAGAGGCUCUCGGCAGUGCUCUUCCGUCUGACUGUGCUGCAAGCCGGUGGUGCUGACACAGGCAACUACUCAUGCCAUGUGGAGGAGUGGCUGGCAGACCCCAACGGUGUGUGGUACCGGCUGGCAGAGGAGGAGUCAGGGACAGUCGCCGUCCAUGUGCAGGAUGCAGGCUCCACUCUGCAGUCUGUCAUCUGCUCCAAUGACGCACUCUUCUACUUUGUGUUCUUCUACCCCUUCCCUAUCUUCGGUAUCUUGAUCAUCACAAUCCUCCUCGUGCGGUUCAAGAGCCGAAACUCUAACAAGAACUCAGAGGGCAAGAACGGGGUUCCCUUGCUGUGGAUCAAAGAGCCUCACCUCAACUACUCUCCUACUUGCCUAGAGCCGCCAGUCCUCAGCAUCCAUCCAGGAACCAUGGACUAAAGACACAGAGGUGCCCGAGGGGGAUGCACAGAGACAGAAAGCAGAGACACACCAGAAACACUAAGGAAUAGUGUUUUUUGUUGUUCUUGUUUCAUUUUUUUCAGUGUCUGUGUGCCAGUGCAGCAGCUGAGCUCUGCAGAGUGCCCAGCCAGCAGGGAUGGGAAGGUCCGAGGCUUUCUCCAGUGUCUGUGGGAACACACUCCAUCACCCUGAUGGACGGAAGGUCCCUGCACUUGCUGUACAUAGCGGAUAUUCCUCUCUGAUUAAUUUGGCUUCCAUCAGUUGCUGUCUUUUGGGCCAUUACUUUUUUAUUGUUGUUUCUUUUUCAUUCACUCAAAGAACUGUAGGUGUCCCCUGCCCUCCAGACAGUGAGAAGUUCCCAGGGGACUCUUUGUCCUGGGACAAUCUCUUUGGAAGUACAUGUUUUCCAAAACAGACUAUAGUUUUCCUCCUGAGACUCUGUGCCACAGUGAAGAAGAUCUUACCCAAGCUGCGCUGAGCUAGCUCCUCCCUCUUCCAAAGCAAAGCCAGGUCCACUUCUGGAGGGAUUAGCUGGGCUGUUGGGAGGUCCAUCUCAAAGACUGGCUGUAGCCUCAGCAUCUCCUUGCCUCCAUCUUACUGUUCCCUCAGGAGAGGGCAUUUCACCUUCUGGGAGCAUCCCCAGGUCUUGGAGAGACUGGAUAUUCAGUGUGCUUGUGGGUAUAACGAAAGCAAUUUAAUUUGUCUCCAGGAACUGAAGCAGGGGGAUGGAAGGAGGACACCUGGGAGCCCUGACUUUGUUGGUAGCGGAGCGUUCUCUUAUGGUCCAGCUUACCAGAUAGGUGCUCCUCCCUGGUGUCCAUGCUGUCACCUCUGAUAAGGUGGGCCCCUUCUGUGCUCUGGUUGCCUGGUGACGAGUGGCUGAAUCCAAUUUCUGAAGACUUCAACAUGACCAAAGUAAUGACUCUAGAAAGCGGGAAAGGGGAAGCUCUACAGUUGAGUCCACAGCCCCUGGAUGGUUCAGCCAAGGAGCCUGGUCACAGCCAUACCACACGGUGGGGAUGUGCAAUUAACCACCACAUCACGAGUUUUCCUAUGGCGUACACUACUUCCCAGUGCAAGCUUGGACAAGGCAAGGAGCCUGCAUCAGCACCCUUGGGUCUUCCCUGUCCCCUUGAGCCAAGAGAUAUCUUCUUCUGCGUGUGUGCGUGCAUCUGCCGUUUUUCAUUUCUGGGGCUUUAGGAGGAGAAGCCAUUCCUGCAUAAGCUCCCCCUCCUGGCAAAGUCACCUGCUUUUGUCAUAGGCAGACGCUGUGGCAGGAAAUACUGUUCUUUCUGUGAAAGAUAUGGCUCUUGUGAACUAAAUCAGGGCUCUCUCUGUGUGGGGCACCUGAGCUGCCGUGCUCCAUUAUGCCAAGUACCCCUGCCCUGUGUUGUUGUAGGAAACCGCCUCCUCCCUCAUAUGCCCUAAGCAUUAUGUCUGGCAGAAGAAAAUGUUUGCCAAAAACGGCCUUUUGUUGUCUUCCUUGAUGUCUUCCUGCCAAAUCCAGCCAUUUGGUUUUUGCAGUAUGGAUGAAACCCAACUGGGGCGGAUGAGUGCAGCCACAAGACUCACCCCGCCGCAUGCACAUGAGGUGCCAUACCCACAGCUAUCAUCCUCUUCAGAAGGGUCAGACUGCUCUUUGUGAAGAGAAGGGGACCUCAGCAGAUGCUCUGUAGCACUAGUCAGUUAGACCCUGAUGCCUUGAUGUUUCAGAGGUGGUGAAGCCUCGGGUGGUGGAUCUGCACCGCACAUCCUCUUUUCCAGCUGGGAAAGGACCCACAUGGCUGCAGACCAUGCUAUGCGAGGGUAUUGGAAGUCUGCCACUUCUGUAUCUUCACCAGACACCAAAAUGGCAUUGGUUUCUUCUUCCGCUUGGAAGCCCAAAUUUCACUCAUCCCACUGUGAAGUCUGCCUCCACGAGUCAUAUCUACCUACCCCCAGCAUAUGCAUAAUAUUACAUUCCAUAUAUAUAUAUAUAUAAUAUAUAUACGUAUGACACACCCACACGCUUGUCUUCCCUUUUUGAAUAAGGGUGUCUGCAAAUAGACGAGUGGGAUGGGAAGUGGAUGGAAAUGAAGAACCAGGCGCAAACAGCAGCAACUGCAGUCAGUGGGUAUUGUUUCAUAAAUGUAGUGUCUCCUGUACAUACUGCCUCCAGGCAGGAACUGCAAUUCAUUUCAUCUUUAAAGCAAAGAAGGAAAAUUAAGUUGGCGGGAGCUGUUCUUUCCUGGAAGAGCACUGCGCUGCGUUCGAGCCACGCUCCUCCUCGCCAGCCUGUCUGCCCCCAUGCAGGCUCUUCUGGAGGGCUGUCCCAUGGCCCUGUCCCCCUGGGUGAAAUGGGUUCCUUCCCAGCUUGGCAAUUCCUGUACCAAGCCCAGGCUUUCCUGGGAAGUGGCUCCCAGGGUGGUCCCUGAAUGUACCUGGCCGGUGACAUUUCGCUGUUGCUCUGGCAGUGCAUUGCCCAGUCUCAGACUUCUCUCUGUUUUUAUAAGGCAGACUCUUCCCGUAGCGAGUUAUAACAUGGAGCUUUUCAAACCACUCUCUCCGCUGUAACUUUCUGUAACAAUCCCAAGAAGAAAGAGAGAUACCCUAUCCAUGCAUGAUGUGGAAAUAUGUUUGGGACUUUUUUUUAAAAAAAAAAAAAAACAAACAAACAAAAAAACUUUGUACUAUGUUGCACUAAAACAUGUUUUAUACAACACACCUGAGAGCUGUAGUAAACUGUGUUGAAAUUGUGAAUCUUAUUGCUGCUGGUUUUUGUCAUGCUUGGGCUUUCAUUACGCCUUUAUGCACACUCCCUGCAUAAAGGUGUGCUGAACUCCUGUCACAGUUUAGUCCCACCUGGCCAAAUUCGGCAGCUAAAACUGUACAGUUGAGCAUCCAGAAUCCCUUCCCCCUUACCACCCCACAGGGA